UUAAACUUGUCACAUGUUCUCCUCCUUCUCUCUCUGGGUGGCAUGCAUGUCAGUUUCUGACUGAGUUGCUUUCAUUAUAUGCCACCUUAUCAACAACAUUCCUCAUCCUCCUCCUCUUCCCCAUAGAGAUGGGUUGUUUCAUGGCAUGUUUUGGUUUAUCCAACAAAAGAAAGCGUAGAAAGACUCUCUACAAAGUCCUAGCUCCACACCAAAAAUAUGGAAACUAUGAAGUUCUUGCUAUAACAGAGAGAUCAAUUAUCCAGGAUUCCGAGCUCAGAGGCAGAGAUGAAGUUAAGGAGAAAAAUAGUGUUAAAAGCAAGAAGAAGAAGAAAGUUACCUUCAAUUUGAAUGUACAGGUAUAUGAGCUAAACCCUACUGCUUAUCAGGUAUUGAAUAAUGAGGAAGAAGAAAAUAAGAACAAUAGUGCAGAACUAGAAGGAUCUGCAGCAUUGCCAGUGAGAUAUCCUACCAAUCAUAGAUAUUACAACUGUGGAGAUGGAUAUGAUGAGGGUGAUGAAAUAGAAUAUGAGGAUGAAUAUGAUGAGGACGAUGAAUUUGAUGAUGAUGAUGAUGAUGAGUAUGAUUGGGAUGAUGAUGGUAGCGAAGAGAGUUUAGAAAAAGAUGAGGCUGAGGUGUAUGAUGAAAACACUAAACAGAAAGAGUUGUCAGAGUCAUGCUAUCCUUCUGUGGCAGAUGAUAAGAUAAAGAAUCAGAUGCCACUUGAUUCAAGUAAUGCUGAGCUAAAAUCCAAUUUGAGUGGACGAGACAGAAGCAUCAUGCAUUCUGUUCUGAUCCCUGUGGAGAAUCUCACACAGUGGAAAGCAAUCAAAACAAAAGUUCCAUCAUCAAGCAAGCACAGGAGGAAGGAGAAUGUUCCGUCAUCAAAGCAACAUACAAGCAUGCCCUUGGUCACUGAAGCAAGCUUGAAUUUCUCACCUUGCAGCUUGGAAUCAAAUGCCCUUCAGUCCAAGCCUCUAUUGCCAGAAACUGCAGUUGAUGCUAGUCUUUCAAACUGGUUGAUUUCUCCUAAUUAUCCUCUCUCCUCAACCACAAUUCAUUGCCAAUGAAACUCAGAAAAUAUUUGUUCCGUGGACUUGAGAAAACAUUUUUUUUCUAUCAGCGUGGAAACCAGCUUCAAAGAGGACGCAUCAAAUUUUGAUUCUUCUUCAUUCAGCAAAUCAGUAUAUGCCAGCUGGGAUGAUUGCAUUGUAUUUGUGUGUCUAAUUCUUAUGCUGUAUUUUGUUUUGUUUGUGAAUGAUUAUUUUGUAACCAAUGGGAGGAGUUUAUGUGUCUCUUUUUAUCUUCAUGUUGCAGCCAUACAAUUUUUGGUUUUCUCAAUUUUCAUGCUCACAUUAGGGUACAUUGUAUUCAUUAAGACAUUCUGCAAAGUGAUAUUUGAAUAAAUCAAGAGGUUUUUUGUGUACGCAA